AUGUCAGCCUCCCCCAACAACAUCGGACCGCAGCUAGGGACGCUCAAUACCGCCCCGAUGUUUCGGCUCCCGGCCAUGCCAAAUAUCGUGUCGGAAUGGGCAGCAAUAAUGCCACUCGUCGUCCAUCUGGCCAGCCAUCGUGACGACUACCUCACAGCCGGUGACGUUGCGCUACUGGGGCGUGUGUCGAUCGGGCUGUUCCCAAAGCUAGGCACACUCGCCGGCAUCGCACGCUUACUCGACCGCACAGCCGAGUUUCUCGACCAGGCCAGCACGCGCGGUGAUUCCAGUAGCACAGUUUGGGAUGUUCGCUGGGGAAGCAUAUUUCCUUGUGCCAACGGCGCCGCCAGUGCGGUCAUUGCGAGAUACGCGAGAGCGGGCCAGGGUAAGCGGACGCCGAUCCUGAUGCCCGAAACGCUGCCGUCGUCUCUGCCGCUGUCGCCAGAGCGCUACGAUAGCGGAACAAGCACUUGGAAUUUGGGCGGAGAUUCGAAGGUAGCGGACUCGACAACGGAAAAACCCACUGCGCCAUCGCACUUCCGCCGGUAUCAAACUUUGCAUGUAUAUUAUUUUGGUCGACAAAUGCGACGGAAAAAGUCAAUCGGGAGACGGCUGGACGAGUGGCAAUUAUCGAGGUUUAGUCACAUCGCAUCAUUCGUCCUCCUUGUUGGAACUGCCGUCGCCCUUGGUCUCUGCGGCGCGUACGGAACAGCGGCGAUCAUUUUCUGCAGUGCCGUUUCCCGCUUGGUCCUACAAAUCAUCACUAUACAGCGUCCACCUGGCUAUCUGGGGAACAAUGAGGCACAUGACGCCUGCAUGCUCGUGGCAACGCAUGUAAAUGCGAUGGAGUGGCAUCUAUAUACCGGAGACAGGGGCGUUGUGGACUCGCUGCUGAACAAGGCUAUGUUCAUGAUUCCAAACCAACCGAGCACGAGAGUGGUACUAGCAACCUGGUGGUUGAAGGCCGCGCACAUACUACAGUUACUAGGAAUGACGUACGUAGCCGCACAAAAGAGCUGGGACGGGAUGUUUCUCGUCUUUCUCCUGACUUUGAACUGGUUUCUUCGUUGGGGUUUCCGGGAAGCAGGCCUUGCACGUUAUUGGCUUGACAAGGAGGGCGUUGAAGUUGAAGUAAAGACGUUCAAGUUCACUGGGAGAAUGGCCAUGCUGGGUGCCAUUCAAAUAUUCAGUGACACGAAAGUCACCUCUUGGAUGGACGACAUUCUUCCUCCGCAUCCAAGGCGAGAUGCCUGGUUAAAAAGAAUACAUGGGCAAAAAAUCGACGCCAAUUCUUUCUCUCCUCAGGAUUUGAACUCAAUCGAAAGGAGCUUCGGGCUUUCAAUGGCCGCGGCAAAUGUCCUUAGAGAGGAACUAAGCAAAAAAUCUGUUUAG